AUGCCCUCCUCUAGGAAGGAAUCAAUCAAUCCUUGUAUCACGAAUCAACUUUGUCAACUCAUCUACUACCACAUUGAUAAUAACCUCCUCAAGAACGCCCUGUUCUUCGCAGAACGAUUGCAUGCAUACACCCCGAAAGGUCCCGAAUCCUCUUACCUUCUUUCCUUAUGCUAUUUGCGACUUGGCGAUUAUGCUUCCGCUUUUGAGGUUGUGAAGAGCCCAAACACUAGAUCGGGGCAUCUUGGCUGUGCAUACAUCUACGCGCAAGCAUGUCUUGCAUUGGGAAAGCUUAAGGAAGGGAUCUUGGCAUUAGAAAAGAACAGAGGUUGCUGGGGAGCACAGAACUCGUUUGGUAAACAUACACAAUACUCACGACAUCCUGACCCUGACGCAUCUGCGGUUUGUUGUUUACUGGGGAAGCUCUACCGUGCUUUUGAUGACAAAAAGCAAUCGAUUGGUUAUUUUGAAGAAGCGCUGAAAUUGAAUCCAUUCAUGUGGGAUGCAUUUACUAAUCUCUGUGAUAUGGGGACAAGUGUUAGAGCCUCGAGUACCUUUAGGAUGAGUUUGGAGAUGGAGGCAAUACUGAAAUCGAAUACACAAGAUCGGGAGGGGCCAAUGGAAACAUUGUCAGUGGAGGAACCUAGGCCAACCCGCCCUAGCGCACGAUCUUACCAGAGUGACCCUACGGAUCCUUUCAAUAACAAUUCUUCGUCUCGAUCAUUUGCGGGUGGACUUUUUGGGUCACUUGCGACUUCUGCAUCAUCGAAGCUCGCCGAAAGCAACCCGAGUCUUACGAACCUCCCCGCGACCGGAGGUGUCAGCAUUAGUUCUGAUACAAUAGAAACGCCUACUGGACCUAGCGCCCCGCUCGAUUAUAGCAUUGCACCUAGUCGAAAAGACACCAGUGUGGCAUCUGCAUUUCCCAUCAACAUGGAGCCCCCACAGGCCCCCGUUCGUAGAAAUCGAACUUUACAGGGCCUUGGUAUGGACUUUAGUAUGGAUGUUCCCAAGAUGGGCCGAUCCAUGACUUCGAAACGACUUCAAAAAGCAGCUGCUGAAAUCUCGGAAGACAGUAGCGCGGGACAUAAUUCUCGCCACAACUCUGUUACGGUACCAGGUGGGGAUAGAAAACGAACGGUAUCCGGACAGGUAGUACCCCGACAACCUUCGGAAGAUCCAGGAGCACCUCAGAGAAGAAGUGUCAGAUUGAUCAACCAAUUCCGACCGACAAGCACCAAAUCUUCCAGUAAUCUUGCGACUGUGGGGCCUGCCCCUGGGAGGGAAUUAAAGAAAGCUAGACCUCCGAUAUCAAAAAUGAUGCGUCCGGCUGGGUCCUCCACGGCUGGCAGACAGGUCAGUGGUAAUCGAAAACCAGUUGAAGAUUCUAUGGAAUUAGACCAUAGGGAAGGAGAGAUAAGACCCCGGGUAUCCACAAAAUCUUUUGGUACUAGAUCAUCAGAAUCGGAUUCUGGAACCCGAGAGGAAGCUUUAAGAUGGCUUCUCGAUCUGUUCAAGAAGUUUGGGACUGGUUAUUUUUUACUUGCAAGAUUUCAAUCUCAUCAGGCCUUAGAGGCGUUCUCUACACUAUCUACCCAACAGCAAGACACUCCUUGGGUGUUGUCACAAAUGGGUCGUGCUCAUUACGAACAAGCGUCAUAUACCGAAGCCGAAUCCUUAUAUAAACGAAUUCGACAGAUAGCACCAACACGCUUUGAGGACAUGGAGAUCUAUUCUACUGUGCUGUGGCAUCUGAAGAAAGAAACUGAUCUGGCUUUCCUAGCCCAUGAGUUGGUGGAUUCUUCGUGGCAAUCGCCAGAAGCUUGGUGUGCACUUGGAAAUUCCUGGUCGCUCAUGCGAGAUCACGAACAAGCUUUACGGUGUUUUAAACGUGCCACACAAUUAAAUCCUAAGUUUGCUUAUGCUUUCACACUUCAAGGCCAUGAGCAUGUAAUGAAUGAAGAAUAUGAUAAAGCACUUACUUCAUACAGACAUGCAAUGGCUGUUGAUAGGAGACACUACAAUGCUUACUACGGAGUUGGCAAAGUGUAUGAAAAGAUGGGUAAUUACGACAAAGCAUUCAUACACUUCGAAGCCGCCUCCAAAAUCAACCCAACAAAUGCGGUGCUUUUGGGUCUUAUGGGAAGUGUUGUCGAUAAGAAAGGAAACAAAGGUCUAGCACUUUCAUACUUCAAGAAGGCAAUUGACCUGGAUCCAAAAUCAGCGUUGACUCGUUUCAAGAAAGCCCGCUGCUUGAUGACGAUGGGGAGAUUGGAGGAUGCCUUAGAUGAAUUGAAGAUCUUGAAAGACUUGGCUCCUGACGAGGCAAUGGUUCACUUCUUAUUGGGAAGACUAUACAAGAGUAUGAAACAAAAGGGCGCUUCGGUUAGGCAUUUUACCAUUGCUUUGAACCUAGAUCCAAAGGCAAGUCAACAAAUCAAAGAAGCGAUCGAAAGUCUAGAGCAAGGAGAUGACGACGACGAUGACGAGGCCAGCAUGAUGGGCUGA